UUGUGGGCAUAUUAGGUUAGCAGGCGUCACGCAUUAAUUAACCUAACGACUAUGGAGCCUCAACUAAUUGGAUCAUCGGAUGCGGAUGGGCUCUGCGUAACCAUUGUUACUGUUUUCUUAAUCUUAUUUGACAGUGGAGUGCUUGGUUGAUUGGUGACACAGUGAGAAAUGGAAGAAGCCAACGCGAAGGCAUUGCAUCAACAGCAGUUACUUCUACAACAGCAGCAGCAGCAGUCACAAAAUCAACAGCGGCAACAACAACAAUUUCUACUCUUACAACAGAUCCAUAAACAAGCCCAGCAACAGCAACAGCAGCAAGCUGCGGCGAUUUCGCGUUUCCCUUCAAACAUCGAUGCCCAUUUGCGCCCGCCGGGCCUUCUUCACCGACCCCUCAAUGUCCAACAACAAACCACUAGUACUAGCCCUAGCCCUAACCCUAAUUCGGGUCCUGCUGUCCCCAAUUCUCAGCAACCGCAGCAGCAGCAGCAACAACAACAACAACAGAGCCCUAAUUUACAGCAGCAAAAUCCGCAACAAGGGCAACCACAGCAACAGCAGCAGCAGAAGGCGAUUCGGAGCCCAGUGGAGCUUCAGAUGGCAUACCACGACGCAUGGCGGGUAUGCCACCCAGACUUCAAGCGCCCCUUCUCUUCCCUCGAAGAUGCUUGCGAGAGGUUACUACCUUACCAUGUUGUAGCUGACUACGAAGCAGAGGAGGAUGAUAGAAUCCUUGAUUCUGACACAACAGGACAGAUGCUAUCUCGUUCCCAGCAGUGGGAUAACAACAUUGCAGCCAAAGUUGCAGAAUUCACUGCCAUGUUUGAGAAACAGGCCCUUGCUUUCAACAUUAUAAACAAGAAGCGAGCAGUUGGUGAAUUUCGAGCUGAGGAGAGAUUAAUGGUUGAGCAGGCUCUUCUCCAAGACGAGAGACGAGUGAUGGCAGAAUUGAAAGCACAAAUAGAAUCAAGGGAAAAAUCUGGUCGCGAGGCUCAGUUGCGAAUGGCAGCCAUGGUACAGGCAGAACAAGCUCGAGCUGAGUCACAGGCUCAUGCUGAAUUGAUGACUCGAGCACCAAUAAGACCAGGUGUCCUUGGUUCGCAAGCAAACAAUCUUCAGAUUGGUCACGAUAUGGCAGAGCAGGAACAGUGUAUUAACCCAGAAGAGAUGAUGAAUGGAUGGGGAAACAACAGUCAGAGAGACGAGAAAGAACCAUCUGAAGAUUUUUUGAAUGAUGAAGAAAAUGAAAAUGGAGAUACAGGCACGCAAGACGAGUGGCGUGAAGGUGGGGAAUUUGAUUUGAACACUAGAUGAACCUUGUGAGCAGGAUGAAAGGCUUGAUGACAAGGUUGCCAUUUGCAUUGGAUUAGCAAGUGUUGGUAACAAGAAAAGCGUGUAGAGGUGUAAAUGAAUUCAUUUUCUCAUUGAGUUAAUAUCUUUAAUUAUGUAUCUUCUCUUGUACCAAGUAUGCUAAAACAGUUACUUUGAAAUUCUCCUCUUCCUUAUUUGUGUUUUUUUUUA